AUGCGGUCAUUUGACAGCCUGCAGCACUGGACUUACCCGUCAAUGCCCCAACUGGUUGCCCAGGAGUUCUUCACGAUCCGGAGAGGGAAUAAAGCAGGGAUCCAUGUGGGGUUGGUCGUUCUGUCUCAGGGUUCACCAUGUAGUGAGAAGAGCGUGGACUUCGAUUCAGGAUAUUCAGAGGCAUCUUGGCAAGAUGAGGGUGUGGUUCUGCGCCGCACAAGGAACGUACGGGUUUCGUCCUCUGCCUGUGUCCGCACUAACCGCAUUCGGCCCAAAUCGACCUCGGAUGCAUGUCUGGAACGCUGGACCUCAUUUGAGGCCAGUGAACCUGAGGACUGGACCGCAUCCCUUUUGACUAGAGGCCGCAACAGGCAGCCUCUCGUGCUGGGAGACAACAGCUUUGCCGACCUCAUUAAAAACUGGAUGGACCUUCCCGAAUGUCCUGACGUGACUGAUGUAAAACCAAACUCAAGCAGCAAACUAGCCAAAGACUUUCUAGUUAACGUGAGACGGAAACUAGCCAUCAUGUCUAAGGGAAUAGACGGGCGAGGAAAGUCUGCUGAGCCUUGCACAAAGCGGAUGUCAUGUCCUGUAGGGUUUCAGAUUCCAAAGCCUUUCUUUCACCAGUCACACACUGGACUGCACCAGAUGGAAACAGACUUUUACCAGUUCAGUGCCCUCAUGAAGAGUGGGAGCAGACAGAAAGACACUCAGCAGCACCGAUAUGCAGAUUGA